UUUAUAUUGUACGCUAUCACCGUCGCGGCGCCGUCGUCGAACACGACAUUAAUAAUAUAAUAUUAUUCGUCCGCCGGUGCACCCUGUGCCGUAGUAUACGCGCGCGCGUUUAUAAAUACACACACACAUAUACACACGUACACUCGAGCGCGCGGAAGUUUGUAAACACGAUUACAUUAUUAUUAUUGUUAUUAUUAUUAUUAUUAUUAUUAUUAUUAUUAUUAUUAUUAUUAUUAUUAUAUUAAAUACAAUAUUAUCAUAUUUCAAGUGUACAGCAAUAACAGUCGCGUACACACGCACACUAAUAUUAAUAUUUAUUUGUAUAAUCGUAUAUAAACAGCAUACACACACACACACAUACACACACACACCACGAGCAAGUGUAUUGAAUUAUAACCGAUAUUGUUCCGCCGGAAGUAUGAAUGGCGCUAAAUGCGCCGCGUGCCUAGCCGCCGUUCUGUUCGUACUUUUCGCGUUCGUCGUCAAAGGUUCAAAAUCUAUAAUAUGCUAUAAGUGCAAUUCUAAAUUUGACCCGAGGUGCGGUGAUCCAUUCAAUCCAUACACCAUCGGAUUAGUUAAUUGUAACCUAACAGACGUGCCUAGUCAUUUGAAGGGAAAAGAACCAGUUAUAUGUCGAAAGACUGUCCAAAAUAUUCACAAGAGUAUUCGGAUAGUGCGGGAUUGCGGUUACGUAGAGGAUCCUGUUCAUGAUAACCAGGAUUGCUAUAGUAGACUCGGGUCACAUGACAUUGAUGUGACCCAUUGCUCCUGUACUUCGGAUAUGUGCAACGGUUCUAGUAUGGUCGUCUCCAAUGGACCGUAUUGGUAUAGUGCGACCACCACAGCGAUGGUAUCUACUGUCGCCGUCACCAUAAUGGGGUUCUUCCUUAAUAUACACCAUUUAUAGACGAGAUUUACGAGAACAAACUCGAUCAAAGUUAAACGAGAGAUACAAUUAAUAAAAAAAAGUCAUUUUAAAUAACAAACGCUUUAUAACAUAGCCCAAACAGACUAUAUAUAUUGAAGAUGUCACUCGACGGCUGUAUUGAGAUAAUAAGUUCACAUUGUCUCUCUAAUAAUUUUUAUAAUUAUCGUGCUUAGAGUGCGGGAAAGCAUUACGAAAUCGCCAAAAAACACGGAAACAGCGCAUACACUUUUAUAGUAUAAUAGGUAUACGUAUACAUAAUACAUGUAUCCACACACUGAAUUGGUCUUUGAUUUAAUUCAUAUAAACAUAAAUUGAAUAUACAGUCUACGAGCGAUAUCUUCAUAUUUUAUUAUUAUAAGAAAAAACAAUAAAUAUAUAUUUUAUUUUAUUUCAGUCAAAAUGCGUGUUUUUUAAUAGCUCAAUUAAAUAAAAAGUUUUUCGCACCAUAACAUGUAUAAGAAUAAUAAAUUGUGAAUUUAUAUCAACUCAGAUAACUCUCAUAAUACUAUUUUAAUUAGACUUAUCUUUAUUUUUAAGAUGAAUUCAAACCGUUUAUUAAACUGUUUAUUUUCGUGUUACACAAAAAUAUCCGUUAUGGUACAUAAAUUCACUUACAACACGCGAAUUAUAUUUUUAUAUUACAUUAUUGUAGUUGUAAUGUUAGAAAAUUGUUUUGGCUAAACCGUAUUUUUAAUUAGAGAAAAGCCGAAUUGGAAACCUACAAUGAACUGUACCUACACGAUAACAAUCUUAACAUGUGCAUAUGCAAAGCCCGAUAUUAGAUUUUUACAUAAUGUUACUCAUGUUAAGCAUUUUAACUUUAAAUAAACAAUUAAAAUAAUAUAAUUUGUCA